ACGGAGCCGCGCCGAGUGUCUGUCGCCUCAUAUUGAAUUUCAGCGCGGCAGCAGUCGGCUUUCUCUCCACAAGAUCGGGUUUAAAGAGCGCUCGCCGCCUCUCGCUCUUCUCCCUCGACGCUCUCUCCUCCUUCCCAUCGCUACUUGCCCCCUCUCUCCUCCCGUCCACAGACCCGCACUUUGGCUGGAAGUUUCCCCGGAGCAGAGCUGCUCCACCGUCCUCGGUGCGCCCGGAGAGUCGGAGAAAUGAAGCUUCAUUAAGAGAAGAAAGAAGAGAGGAAGGGGCCAACAAGGCGAAAGGAAUAAAUCAUUGAGAAGAGUCACCACCGAAGACGUCCAAGCUGAAUCCCCCGGGCCUGCUGACUAUGCCCCAAAGCUCCACCUCCAGUGAGGAUGAGAUGGCCCAGAGCUUUUCCGACUACUCUGAUGAUUGUGCCUCCGAGAGCUCCCGUGAAGAAACCAUCUAUGAGACCAUAAGGGCCACUGCAGAGCCAUCGCAGAACCGCAUGGACGACAUUCACACGAACUCACUGGUUAUCCGUGUCUUGAUCCCUGACUUGCAGCAGACAAAAUGCAUGCGCUUCAACCCGGAUGCAACGGUCUGGGUUGCCAAGCAGCGGAUCCUUUGUACACUUAAUCAGAGCCUGAAAGAUGUGCUCAACUAUGGGCUUUUCCAGCCAGCUAGCAAUGGGAGAGAAGGCAAGUUCCUGGAUGAAGAACGCAUCCUCCGAGAAUACCCCCAGCCAAUCAGCAGGGGCGUCCCAUCUCUGGAGUUCCGAUACAAGAGCAGAGUCUACAGACAGCCCAAUGUUGAUGAGAAACAGAUCGCCAAACUUCAUACAAAGGCCAAUCUGAGGAAGUUCAUGGACCUUGUUCAGCAUAAUCAAGUGGACAAAGUGGCCAAGAUGUUGGAAAGAGGCUUUGAUCCCAACUAUCACGAUAGUGACACUGGCGAGAGCCCGUUGACAUUUGCAGCUCACCUGGACAAUGCGGGGGAGAUCAUAAAGGUGCUGAAGAAUGGAGGAGCUCAUUUGGACUUCAGGGCAAAAGAUGGCAUGACUGCUCUUCACAAAGCUUCGAGGUCCAAGAACCAGAUUAUACUCACGACGCUGCUAGAAUUGGGAGCUUCUCCAGACUACAAGGACAGCCGGGGUCUCACUCCCCUGUAUCACAGUGUGGUGGUGGGUGGGGACCCAGGCUGCUGCGAGCUCCUACUGAACCACCACGCUUCUGUGUGUUGCCAAGAUGAGAACGGCUGGCAUGAAGUUCACCAGGCUUGCCGUCAUGGCCAUGUGCAGCACCUGGAGCAUCUGUUGUUCUAUGGAGCAGACAUGAGCGCCCAGAAUGCCUCGGGAAAUACUGCUCUACACAUCUGUGCCCUAUACAACCAGGAUAACUGUGCCAGAGUGCUGCUAGUUCGUGGAGCUGACAAGGAAGUAAAGAACUACAACAGCCAGAGUGCUUUUCAGGUCGCCAUUAUUGCUGGAAACUUUGAGCUUGCUGAGCUCAUCAAGAACCAUAAAGAGUCUGAUAUAGUGCCUUUCCGUGAGGCUCCAGCCUACUCCAAACGCAGAAGGGGUCCAUCUUCUGGCGACGGCAGCGGAAACGGCCAAUCGCCCUCUUCGUUAUCAGCGCCACGGGUCCUUCUGCGCUCCAACAGUGAUAACAACCUAGCAGUCAGUCAGUACCAGCAGCAACAGCACGGUUCUCCUGGCAACUGGGCCCCCCAUCUGCAGCAGCACCAACACGCCCAGCACCAAUCACACCGGGCGCCCCAGCAGGGUCACUCACAGCCUGGCUCCUCAGCAUUACAUCGCAGCCUGUCACCCCAGCUGCUCCAGCAGAUGCCCAGCGGCAGCCCCAAUGGCAAUGUGGUGGUUCGGACCAUGGGGAGAGGUGCGAGGAGCCGGUCACCCUCCCUCAGCCGGCUGGGGGAGGAGGCCAGACGGGCUGCACCUUCACAGCGCCAACCAAGCCCCAGCAGUCAUGGAGAGGCAGUUGGAACCAGAAGGAAGCUGUACAGUGCAGUUCCAGGAAGACACUUCGUAGUGGUUCGUUCGUAUACAGCCCAGGCCGAGGGGGAGAUUAACCUCUACAAGGGCGACAGGGUCAAAGUUCUGAGCAUCGGAGAGGGGGGUUUCUGGGAGGGCAGUGCCCAUGGCCAGGUGGGCUGGUUUCCAGCCGACUGCGUGGAGGAGAUCCCAGCCAAAGCCACAGAGGAGAGGAACUAUUCCCGAGCAGACCGUGCUGACAGACGGAAGCUCUUCAGGCACUACACUGUGGGCUCCUAUGACAGCUUUGAUGCUUCAAGUGACUGCGUGGUGGACGAGAAGACGGUGGUGCUGCAGAAGAAGGAGAAUGAGGGAUUUGGCUUCGUCCUGCGUGGGGCAAAAGCGGAUACACCCAUUGAGGAGUUUACUCCCACACCUGCCUUUCCAGCGUUGCAGUACCUGGAGUCUGUGGAUGAGGGAGGAGUGGCAUGGCAAGCAGGACUUAGGACGGGGGAUUUCCUCAUCGAAGUGAACCAGGAGAAUGUGGUGAAGGUGGGCCAUCGACAGGUGGUCAACAUGAUCCGCCAGGGAGGCAACCGGCUCCUGAUUAAGGUGGUGACAGUGAGCCGGAAUCUGGACCCCGAGGACACAGCACGCAAAAAAGCUCCUCCACCUCCAAAGAGAGCCCCCACCACAGCCCUGUCAAUGCGCUCAAAGUCGAUGACGUCUGAACUCGAGGAACUCGUGGAUAAAGCCACUCUAAGGAAAAAGAAAGGUGAUGCGCAGAAGAAGAGGAUUGUUUUCCAAGUCACUCUAAACAAAGUAGAAGAGAUGACCCAUGCCCAGAAGACAUCACCUGUUGACAUGAAGAUAGCCACAAUUAAACCACGCCCAUCCAGUCGCUGCUUGGUUACGCCAACUGAUAUGAAUUCCUUGUAUCAUGACCGCCAAGGAGUAGCUGUGGUGCCACCCACUGUGCCAGGAGCCUUCCUGGGGAUACCUGAGAAGGGCACUAUGAAAAAGCAAAAGUCCAUAGGUACAUCGGAGGAUGAGAAACAGGGAUUCCUCACACCUCCCCUACUCAAGUUCUCACGCAGUCUCUCUAUGCCUGACACCUCAGAGGACAUCCCUCCUCCCCCAGCCAUUUCACCCCCUUCACCACCUGCCUACAACUCAGCUGCUGGACCUACACCCAAGAGCUAUGGCACAACACGACCAAGCUUUACCCAAAACUCGCCCAAUGCAGUGACGACCAUAAGCCGGACCACCGACGUCGGUACGUUGAGGCGUGGCUAUUUCCGUCAGAGCUCUGAGCACUUUGAGAGCACACGAACUCGGGGGCGUACGCCAGUGCCUGAGAACCCGUAUUCAGAGGUGGGCAAUAAGACGCUGUAUGUGCCAGCAAAACCAGCCCGAAGGAAGGGUAUGUUAGUAAAGCAGUCUAACGUGGAAGACAGCCCAGAGAAGACGUGUCACAUGCCAACAAGUCCCUCCGGCCCAGUUUCCAUGCCUACUACGCCUGUAGAAAGAACAUGCUCCUCUAUCCCUAUUCCCACCAUCAUUGUAAAGGAGCCAUCCACUAGCAGCAGUGGCAAGAGCAGUCAGGGUAGCAGCAUGGAAAUUGAGCCCACAACCCCUGAACACCCGCCUCUCACACCUGCUGUUGGUGGAAGUGGAGGUUUACGCCCUGAAGACCCCCUUUCACUAAGCAACCCCUUUGCAGCAGCUAUUGCUGGAGCAGUACGGGACCGCGAAAAGAGGCUUGAGGCAAAAAAGAACUCGAUUGCCUUCCAGUCAAUAGAUAUCGGGGAUGAUGACUUGAGUGGUCCCACGCCAACCCCUCGCCUUCGCCAGUCCAAGUCCAUCGACGAAGGCAUGUUUAGCAGCGACGAGCGUCUUCAAAGGAUAUUAGCCCCUCCUUUGGCAAAGCAGCUCGGUCGCCCUGUUGGUGGCGGUAGUGGAAAUAUGACAGAUUUCAACACUCCUGAGCCCACAGUUGUUCGGGAGCCACUAAACACUAGAACAGGGCAGUGUCCCAACCUGGACAGUCCUGUUAGCCUCCCAGCCACUCCUCCUAAGAGCCACUACAGGGCCAAUGGAACCUACCUCCAUCCUGUCACUGGCAAGCCGUUGGACCCUAAUUCUCCACUAGCUCUGGCCCUUGCAGCUCGUGACCGGGCCAUGAAAGAGCAACAAAACCAUCCUCAGAAUCAGUCCCAAAAUAAUCCUCAGGUUCAACAAACCCCCAAGCAUGAAGCGCAGUCCCUGCCAGUUCAGCAAAGUCACAAACCUGACCUCAACCAGCCUCUAUUUAUUGACACCAAACUCCGCUCCGGAAUCGAGACAAGUUUUGCUGCAAUCUCCACGGCAACAAUGGGACGGCCUGGCCGAGGUGGCCUUCAAAGACAAAUGACGGAGCAGAAGUACGAGUCUGAUGGAGCACGGGAAGAGCGGCAGCAUCAGGCACUUGAAGAGAGGAAAAGCGCACCAGCAGAUGUGGCAGACACAUCACAGCCCAAGUCAGCUGGAUUACUGAUGGUUCACACCAGCACAGACGUAAGCAACAAGGUGAACAACCAAGAGGCCGAGGGGCAGGACAGCAACCGACCGUCUGAGCUGAAAGAUCCAAACCAGCCUGAUCCUCUUAAUUCUUCAACACUGUCCACUCCACAGCCACCCACAUCAAGGAGGAGGAGCGUUCCUUUAGGCGAAUCCAUGGACGAACCUGUUAAACUGCCCUUUCGCAUCCCUCCUCCCCCUCUGGCGUCAGUUGACAUUGAUGAAGAAUUUGAGUUCUCAGAACCCCUCCCCCCACCUCUGGAGUUUGCAAACAGUAUUGACAUUCCUGAUGACCAGGCUAGUGCCAUUGCAGAGAUGAUUCAGCAACAGAGACGGAAUGGGGGGCCUUCUCUGCCCCCAUACCACCCUCAUGCCCCACCACCUGUCACUGAUCAACACAGAAGGUUGGCAAACAAUAUGCCCCCCUCGUAUCCCCCUCCACCAGACCCAGAGUCAGGGGUAGGUGACUCAGGCAUUGAAGAGGUGGACAGCCGCAGUAGUGGGGAUCCUCAGCACAUGGAGACCACCAGCACAGUGUCUAGCAUCUCCACCCUGUCAUCAGAAGGAGGCUUCUGUGACAGUGCUUUGGAGAGCCUCUAUGCCACUGCAGACGGUCACGCCUUCCUGGUGGAUCGGCCCCCUGUGCCACCAAAGCCCAAGAGCAAGUCCGUCAUUAAUAGAACGUCACUUUAUCACGACGCUCUCAUUGAAGAGCCACCAGAGUCUUAUGGGUCACCACCUCAGGCCCCUCUCCCUCCUCCUUCGUCCUCUGAACCUCCUAGGACUCCUACUCAAAGGACCUCCAAGCUAUGGGGUGAUCAGCCCCCUGAGCUACGCAGCCCCCCAUCCACACCAGACUCCAAGAACACAGUUAUCACUGAGCUGAGCACCAUUCUACAGCAUAUGAAUCGCGACAGGCCAACCAAGCCAGGAGAAAGCCUUGACUCCCCAACAGGCACCAGAGGGGGCUUCGGAACAAGGCCUCCUAUCGAUGACUCAGGAAUGCGUAACAAUGCUGCCGCCGCUACCACCCUCACCUCCACCCCUCCCAGCAGUCUCCCAUCCCAGACGCACCCCUGCAGCCCUCCAGACUCGGCGUCCUCCCUCACCCCCUGCUCUUCACUGCCUCCCUCUGUGUCGCCCACGCUCACAGACGUCUUCGGCCUGCCCACCCCACCUUUGGGCAGCGGCGGUGGCUACAGCCUGAGCUCCUCGUGUGGCGGCAGCGGGAGCUCGCGCUCUCCAUCUCCACUCACGCUGAUGCAGGCCGUGGCAGCCUCGGGCAAGCCUUUCGCCUCCAAACCCAUGGAGCUGUGGAGCAAGCAUGAUGUGGCGGACUGGCUGGAGAGUCUCAACCUGGGGGAGCACAGGGACGCUUUCCUGGACAAUGAGAUCGAGGGCGCUCAUCUGCCCUCGCUGCAGAAGGAGGACUUGAUAGACCUGGGCGUGACAAGAGUGGGCCACCGCAUGAACAUCGAGAGGGCCCUCAAGCUGCUGCAGGACAGACAAGCCCCGAGGUGACGGGCUGGCGACGUGUGGAGUCAGGGCCAAGGAGAGGGAGGUGUCACGAAUCACUUUUACCAAUCUCUUCAUCAGACAUAAUCUCAAGACGUGGAACCGGGUGGAAGUUUUGUCCAAGCUGAUGCUGCCUCUUGCUGUGUUUGUCUCCUCCCAUCCUCCGCUGUCGGCCUCAUCUCAGUGCUCCAGUGUUGUUCGCCCUCGUCCUGCUUCCCACUGUCCUGAGCAUCAGGGGAUCAUGGGAUGUUUGGGGGAACUGCAGGGGGAGAAAGAAGAGAAUAGCUGCUAUGUCAAAUCAAGGCGAGAUAAAGGAGGACAGUAUGUGGGACUGUAAAGAAAACAACAUAUUCUGGAAACACUGGGAAAAAACACUUGUCUGGAAGUUUCUUCACACAAAGACUCGUGGUCACCUGACUGCUUUGGAUACUCAAGACUUUUUCCAUACACCCCGGUGUGGGUGCAUGAAAACCCAGCUGAGCUGGUCGUUGCUCCUUUUCUAUCUUUGCUAGAGUUUGUUCAGAGAAUAUUUCUUCACUAGAGUCCUACCGGAGUUAUAUUUCUGGGUGCAUCUAAGGUUGUAGAGAACAAUUUGAGAUAGACUUCAUUUUUGUUCUUUUUUGUUCUUUUUUUGCUUUUCACCUGUUUGUGUCAAAACAACAGCAUUUGCUGACAUGUUUAACUAAUAUAUCCACAAACACACACACACACACACUUUCUGCACAGUGCCACAAGCUGACGAAUGAGAUUUCAGUCUUUACAUCCCGAGCACUUACACACGUAUAGUUACUGCGACGGCCUUCUUCCCUGACAAAGAUCAAAGUGUGGAGAGGGGUGGUCACCAGAGGAGGAGCUGCGCCCGAGCUGGGUCCGUGAAGUCCGCACCUGCUCGGUGUCCACCUCGUGACUCAAGAAAAACCAAGGUGAGGAUGCAAGAUCGACGUACAAAUGUUGGAACAGGAAAAUGGUUGUGCCAGCUUCGCUGAGAGUGCGUCCUUCUCCUCUCUCGGUUUUUCCUUUCCUACUUCUGUGUGCAUGUGUGUGUAUUAAUAGUUCACCCAAAAUAUCAUUAAGGUCCAUUUAACUAUUUCUAUGAAUCUGCUAUAUAGGGCACUUAUAGGGAAACUAAAAGUGUUACUUUUUGUAUUUUUACCAUCAAAUCUUCUUCCACCUCACUUAUAGCAGGUCGGCACCUGCCCACAGUAUGGCCCACAGUAACGCUAACGUACCCUGUGUGUAAGUGGUAGAACAGAGUGGUGAUUACACUGUGUGUUUCUAGGAUUCGUGCAUUAUUUUGGGAAAUCCACUUACUCGCUUUCUUGCUGUGAAAUAGAAAGAUCAGUAUCACUCUCUUACUGGUUGCUGAGAGCUGGAGUGAAAUGCAAAGCAUCCGUCCACCUGUUUUAUGCACACUUUCAAUGAGAGCAGAAGGUAUGACACAUCGAUGCGCAUAAAUACACAUUUAUUCAAACAAAGGAAAACCCCAAAUGAUGCGUGUGGUCUGAACCUUUCUAAGCUUCCACUAUGUGGGAUGAUGAGAAGAUGGUCAAGUUUUUCACGAGUUUGACUUUCAACUGGAACUUUGUCAUUUCAAGAGAGAGACUGUCUUUCACAAACUGGUACCAACUAAUACCAGUUUACUAUGAAGUCCAGUGUCUGCUCAGCUUUGCUACUUUGUUAAAUGUACUGCAGAUAGUGCUGACAGGAUUCUUACACUGGAUCCAAGCUGGGGAGCCGUCAUUCUGUAGUUUGUUUAGAUACAUUUCCCUUGUUUUUACUGGUCCUUAGUAGGAUGUAACACGUUGCUAUCACCGGACAGCAGUAAUGCACCUACAGGCUGUUUGCAUCGUUAAAUCACAAAAAUGAGAGAAGGCCACCAGAGGCCUGUGCUGUGAAGCAGGAUUUUAGGCCAUCCGAGUAACUUCUGGGUUAACUCUCGGUUUUCUGCGGUUAGUGCAAAGGUGGUUGACAUCAUACCUGGGUACAUCACUAUGGUAACUUAUGAUGUCCACCUAAGUCAUUGACUACUGACCAAUCAAUUCUCCAGAAAAUAGCAGGAUCCCUCUGACCUCUACAGGUAGAGUAGGAGGGACUAAAGUCUUUCAGCAGUGCCUAAUGUCUCUGCGCUUCCUGAUGAUUAUCAGAAAUAAAUAUAGAUUUGUAGAUAUAAGCUUAUAAUUGAAUGUUUUAUCCGUCAGCAGCAUCCUAAAACAGGACACUUACACUGUACUUGCUGUCCUCAUAUGACAUCUCUGCACAGAUUAAGCCUUUGAACUGUUUUUAUAUUUAAUCUCUCAAACCCCUUAAACAGCACCGAGUCUGCAGCUGAAAGAAUAAAAACUAAAACUGUCAGGAGAAGGUUAUAGAUUGUAGAUUCUCUGCUGGGGAAAUACAUUUUACAUGUGCGGCUUGUUAAGCCGGACCUACAACCACAGAAUGAAGCGUAAACUUUCCCAUUGUCUCCCGAACGUGCGCGUAUUAAUUUGGUGAUUUAGAAAAUGUGUAAAAUGUUGUUAUAUUUGAUUCUGAUCUGCUGCGAGAUAUCUUUUGCAGCUACUGGAAUGAAGAUCACCCAACAAGAGCACCUGUUCAACCAGUCAGAUUCAUUUCUCCUUUAUCAGGCUGUGGGCAGUAACAUUUAAUGCUUAAAUGACUCCUGUUUAAAGUUUCAGAUCUUUAAAGUGCACCGGUCACCUUAAAAACAAACAGCAGCAUGGAGAGAGCAUUCAGGAAUAAUAUAAAUGUUACAGCUGUGUGCAGAAAUCACCAGAUUCAUGAUUUGUAGCACUGAUGUGCCAUCUUAUUUGCAGCAAUGUUGCAUUUGCUGUUAGAUUUUUAUCAUCAUCUGAUUGGUGUGGGUGACACUCACAGGGAUCAGACUCAUAUAUGACCAGUGACAUGCUCCUUUUAGAUUGGUCAAAUGCUGCCAACACCACUCCUUUCAUAUAACUGUGCUGAUAAAACCCUAAAUUAGUUUUGGCAGUUGAUAACCAGCUUUGAGUGACCACAUUGUCCUCAUUGCUAAUGUUAGGAUGAGUGAAUCCACAUAAUGGAAAGUUGGUUGUGUAGAACUUGCUGUGGUACAGGGCCCAGGUGCUCUAACUCACUACCAGAUACUGGACUGGUAAAUCAUCUGUCUGGUAAAGUGUUUGCUUUAUGAGACAGACAUGCUGGAAGCAUUACGCUUAAUCCAAAGAUUAAGUCAGAAUACUCACGUCAGUUACUAGUGAAUAUCAGUAUUUUUACUUUAAAUGUCAUUCCUAUUUAGAGCACACACGUGUUUCUAGAUCACUGAGGGAUCAUUUCUGUAUUAUAAAACAAAAAAGGUUUCAUACAUAUCGGACAAAACAUACACGGACACAACACAUUAGUAUCCAAUAAUAAUCAGUUGGAAUAUCACGUGAUUCUGUGUGGAAAAGGACACUCAUUUAGAAACAAUGUUUCUCUUUUACAACUGCAUUUACAGCUUUAGAAGGUGUAGACAGUAAAAAGUCAAACUCAGGUACACUAACUAAACUGCUCAGUUAUAGGAUGCAUUGACUUAUAGAAGUAGCUCAAACUGAGAUGUUCAUGCUUCUCUGUGCAAAGAGUGCAAAGUAGGUUAGCUUAGCAUAAAGUCGAGCCACAGGUUGUGAAAAGAUUUGUUUGUUAGGACCUUUAUCUUGUCUUUGAUUAUUGAGCUGGAUAUUUCUCCCUGAGCUCGACUCACAGACAUAAGACUGGUACAGAUUUUCUUCCUGGAAGAAAGCAGUGUGUGUAUUUCCCAAAAUACUGUUUAAGGUUCUCACUGGAUGGCGUUUUGUUGCGUUUGAAUCCAGUGUGAAAUCCUUUACAAACAUUCUUUUGUUUACUUUUUAACUUUUACACGUUUGAAUAUACCAGAAUGCUUUAAGCAAACUAAUGUUUAAGAACUUCACUUCAGUGAUUGGUAUUUCAAAAGCUACGAUAAGUAACAUAUUUUUAUGGAGCAAAAAAAGAUCACAAACAUUUUGUAUGCUGUUUUUUGCUUAUGAGGAAAAUAAUAAUAAACUGUGUGCAUUUGGUUAACUUGAGUUCAAAUCUGACCAGAUUCAAAAUGGAAAAACUGGAACAGUCCUUCGUGGUGGCAAGCAGCACCAAAGCAAACUAAUACUCACCGACUCUGGCAACCCUGAAACCAGACUAUUUGUCUUUAGGGCGUAACAGGACACUUUCUUCUAAAUGUCCUUAACUGCAAGCUGGAGUCAGAUAUCAUCGAAUCACACUGAACCAUUUUCGAGCUUUGGGUUUUACAUAAUUAUGUGUUCACAUUGCCGUCUCCUACAUUCUAACCACUGUGCAAGAAACGGAGAAUAAUCACUUGACCAAGCCAGCACGCGGUCAUCAGUGUGAGCCCGGCGUGAGAGCAGACAGGGAUAGAAAGCUGCCGCUCGAUUCGAGUCCCAUAGUUUCACCGCAGCAGAGGCAGCAGAGGCAGGAUUCAGACCAAGGAUCCAGUUUAAACCCAAGUCAGACGAGGCGUUUGCUAGCAAUGAUAACGGGCUAGUCAGAAGUAGAAGUGCAGUAUGCGCUGACGUGUAUAUAAGAGUGUUUAAAUUGAUUAAAAUGUCUAUUAGAUUAUAUGUAUAGAUCUAUUCAGAUGUUUAGAAGAAAAAAAAUUCUAAGAAGAUAGAUUUAUUGUUGUCAGAGCUGACCUGAUGACCUAAGCACUGGUCUCAUUUGCCCCGUCAUCAUCUGUAACCAGCUCGCCCCCCUCCGCCCUCCACCUCCGUCAGUCACACAGCUCCGUAGAUAGAAGGCGCUCUCUCCAAGUAGAUUUUUUCAGAGCACUCUUAGAUAGAGCUUUGAUAUGUGCUUGACAGUAAGCAGUGUCUGAAAUAUAUCUGGUUUUCUUCUGCCCUUAUUUGCGUUCAUGUCGCACUCCACAGCUUCACGUAGGCGCAGCUUUUUGAGGUGACAAACGAAACAUACACAAGUUCUGUGUUCUGUGAACAUUAGCCGUACGGAGGCCGGCACGGGACAAUGCUGCUACAAUCCUGUUCCUGUUUGAACUUCUUUUCAACACACGUACAGUGGCGUGCCAGGCGGGGUAGAAAAGCACAGUAUUUUUAAAGAUUUGUAUAGAGUUUAUGAAAUUUUAUAGAGGUUACCUGAACAAAAACUGUUCAACACUGAUGUGUGGAUUGCCAAACAGAAAUACUAUAUACGUAGAUGCGAUGUGGAUAUUAUUAAACUUAUGGGUUAUGUAAGAAGCAAUAUUUAUUCUAACUGAAUCUCCUUGGUUGUGUUUUCUUUUGCCAUUUUAAAGUUACAUAUCAUGAUGCAAUCACUCGUCAGUGUUUUAUGAAGCGUUGCCUAAAAUAGAUGCACUCUCUACUGCAGUAGUAAUCAUAAGAUACUUUGGCCAAUCAAGUGACCACUGAACCCAGGCUUUGAAAUCCCCGAGUCUAGGGUUUGUUUGUUAAAAAACACAAAAGUUACAUUUCUAAAAGUAUAUCUGCAGGCCAUGUUGAUAGGAAACUAUAUGAAACGUAUAUAUAUAUAUAUAUGUGUGUGUGUAUGUAUACAUACAGAGAUCCACCAAAAAGAUGUGCGGUGCCUGUUGAUCCCUUCCUGUGGAUCAGUGGGUCACUCAGCACUUUUAUCUGUGGACAUGUAGAGCUGAGUAGAUGUAGUAAUAAUCUUUAAAGAGCAUCACCGUAGCGUGGCGCUUCACUGGGCCGUGUUUUUAACCACACUAACCCACUUCCACUCCCUGUCAAAACACUGCUCCCACUCUAUCAUUGUCCAACAUUUGGGUAACUGUUUCUUUUUUUUAUUUUCUUUUUGAUUAAUUAAGUUCUGUUUUUUUUCCAUGAAUAGAUUUUACUCAUUGAUUAAGUCUUCAUAGAGGCUAAGAUGUUUUCGGUAAUUUGUGCAAAGACUUGUGUUCAUGUUUUCUAUGUUGCUGUAAUUUUGUGCUAUUAAAUCAUCAUAGAGUCAACUAAUUACUGAAAUGAAAAGAGAGAGAAUUUUCCUGUAACUGCACUCUUCCUUCCCCCUCCCCCCUCAAUUCCUCAAGACUUCUUGUAUGGCAACCAAAAUUCACUGUAAGAAAUAAAUAUAAUAUUGCA